GAGAGGCAGAGGCUGGCUCUGGCUGUGCGGAGGCGCCGCUCAUUCUUUACCAUUAAAGUGUGUUUUCCCGAAGAAAGCCUUUGAGUUCUGGAACAGGAAAGAAAUAUUUUGCUCUCGUGGACUAAAGUUGGGUGAAGGAAGUUAAAGGAGCUGCAGAGAAGGAGGAGUUUCCAAUUGCAGCAUUUUAAAAAAAAAUAAUAAGACAUUCGCAGAUAUUAGGAAGACUUUUCUGCCUGUGAUAUUUCCCUGGAAUAUCCGAAGUGAACGAACAGUUUUAGAAAGUUGCAAAGUGGAAGUUUUGAGUUUGCCGGACACAUUGUGUAGAGUUGUUGAGGAUUGUUUCAGGUUUGGAGACAGAUUGUGAGAGUCCACGGGCUGUGUUCAGGAAGCUGAGUGAGCGAUUGGCGCUUUAUGUCGUGAAGAAAGGAGUUGGACAGCUACCUCAUCCCAGCUGAAUUGGCCGGGACUUGUGCAAACAUUUCCAAAUCGCACAAUGGCCGCAUUGUACAACCCCAGCUUGAAGACGCUGGAAGAUCUGACUCUGGAUUCGGGUUAUGGGGCAGGAGAUUCUUGUAGAUCACUCAGUCUCUCCUCCUCCAGGUCGAAUUCACAAGCCUUGCAGGCAGCUCACAGGGGGAACUGGUGGUACCUUUCAGGCUCCAUGAACAGCCGCAAUAACAGCUGGGACACUGUGAACACGGUGCUCCCAGAGGAACCCGAGCUCACUGACAUCUUCUUCAAAUGUCCCCGGCUCCCGGAGCUGGAGGAAUUCCCAUGGACGGACGAAGACAUUGGGAAGCUGCUGAAGAGAGGCAGGCCAGGGGAAUGUGGCAAACUCUUCCCUCAGGAGGGUGUCAGGAGGCUGUCAUACUUGUUGAGGAGACCUCUGCUCAGGAUCUCCAGGGAGGCGCAGAGACUGAGUGUCAUCCACUCCAAAUGCACCAAGUUCCAGAUCCAAAGCGCCAUCAGACUCGUCCUGUCCUGGUCUCUGUCUGAAAGCUGUAUCUCUGCCUCAGUGAAAGCUCUUUCUCUGUAUAACAUGAGUGCUGGAGACAGACUGAGAAAAAGCAAGAGUUCCAGGUGUGGCCUUACCUUCUCGGUGGGGCGCUUCUUUAGAUGGAUGGUGGACACAAGGGUUUCAGUGCGUAUCCAUGAGUAUGCUGCAAUCUCUUUGGCUGCCUGUAUGGAGAGUCUGCUGGAAGAGAUUGGGAUCAGGGUAGCAGCAGGAUAUGGUUCAGAUGGAGGAGGGGGAGCCAUGCACGAUGGCAGACAGGAGCUUUCAAUGGAAAUACUGGAGAUGUGCAUCAACAAUGACGCUGAGCUCUGGGGUGUCCUACAGCCUUACGAACAUCUGAUCUGUGGCAAGAAUGCCAACGGUGUGCUUUCCCUGCCUGCUCACUUCAGCUUAUACAACAACGGACAAUCAGUGAAAGAUGGGCGUGCUGAUGCUUACGCCCAACUGGAACUUCGCACUCUGGAGCAGUCAUUGCUGGCGACAUGCGUUGGGAGCAUUUCCGAGCUGAGUGAUCUGGUGUCUCGAGCUAUGCACCACCUGCAAUGCUCAAACACAUUGUCUCCAGGAAUGAGCCCCUGUCGUCAUGGCCGCCAGCAGCCGAUCACAUGGUCUCCAGACGCUCUGCACACACUCUACUAUUUCCUGCGAUGUCCACAAAUGGAAUCAAUGGAGAAUCCCAACCUGGAUCCACCCCGAGUUUCCUUAAAUAAUGAAAGGCCAUUUAUGUUGCUGCCUCCACUAAUGGAGUGGAUGCGAGUGGCCAUUACUCAUGCUCAGCAUCGGCGUAGUUUAACUGUUGACAGUGACGAUGUGAGACAAACAGCCCGUUUGCUGCUCCCAGGCCUGGAUUGUGAACCACGGCAACUAAAAACUGAAGACUGCUUCAGUUCAUUUCGUAGACUGGAUGCAAAAGCUGCUACUGCCAAAUUUCAGCAAGAUCUUGGAUUCCGCAUGUUAAGCUGUGGCAGAACAGAUUUGGUGAAUCAAGCCAUAGAACUGUUAGGACUGGAUGGUGUUAACACCAUGGAUAACCAGGGAAUGACACCACUGAUGUAUGCCUGUGCUGCUGGAGAUGAAGCCAUGGUCCAAAUGUUAAUUGAUGCCUCUGCAAACUUGGAUCUUUCACUACCCAGCAAUACUCAGAGAUACCCUUCAGUGCAUCCAGACAGCAGGCGCUGGACAGCUCUCACCUUUGCCGUUCUGCACGGACAUAUUCCUGUUGUUCAGCUUCUGCUUGAUGCUGGAGCCAAUGUGGAAGGAGGACUCAUUAAUUCUGGUGAAGAUAACUGUGCUGAAACACCUCUUCAGCUAGCUUCAGCAGCAGGUAACUAUGAGCUGGUCAGCCUCCUGCUCAGCAGAGGUGCAGAUCCCCUACUGAGUGUACUUGACACAAAUGGAAUGACAUCGGUGCUGCAUGAGAACAUGAACUGCUUUAGUCAUGCGGCUGCUCAUGGACACAGGAAUGUGUUGCGAAAGUUGCUUACACCACCCCAAGCCCCAAAAACUGAUGUGCUGUCCCUGGAAGAAAUUUUAGCGGAGGGAGUUGAGAGUGAUUCCUCGAGCAACGGAAGUAUAAGUGAAGGACAGGUUAAACUCUGCAAAGCCAGAAUGAAGGCUUUACAGGAAGCCAUGUAUUACAGUGCUGAACAUGGCUACCUUGAUGUCACCAUGGAACUGAGGAACCUUGGUGUCCCAUGGAAACUACACGUGUGGAUUGAGUCUCUGAGGACCUCAUACCAUCAGUGCAGGUAUCCUGUGAUGCAUUACCUGUUACGGGAAUUCACUGCAAUCAAAGAGGAGGAUUAUAAUGAGGAGCUGAUCCAUGAGGGACUUCCACUGAUGUUUGACAUUCUUAGGGUUAGCAAGAACGAUACACUCAAUCAGCAGCUAGCUUCUAUCUUUGUACAUUGCUAUGGCAACGGUCCUAUUCCUAGUAUCCCUGAAUCAAAGAGAAUGCCUCCUCCUCGAUUAGAUCCUCACUUUCUGAAUAAUAAGGAAAUGUCGGACAUAACAUUCUUAGUGGAAGGAAAGCCUUUUUAUGCAAAUAGAGUUCUCCUAAUUACUGCCUCAAACAGGUUUAAGAUACAGCUGGCUAACAAGACAUCUCCAGAGAACCAGCCAUGCAACUACAUCGAGAUCAGUGAGAUUAAAUAUCACAUCUUCCAGAUGAUGAUGCAGUACUUGUAUUACGGUGAUAUCGAGUCAAUAAAUAUACCCCUUGCUGACAUACUAGAGUUGCUGUCAGCAGCCAGUUUGUUUGAGCUGGAAUCAUUGCAAAGACAUUGUGAGAUCAUCUGCACCCAAAUCAUAAACCUGGAGAAUGCAGUCAUCAUUUAUUGCUAUGCAAAGAUACACAAUGCUACUGAGCUGCUUUCUUACACUGAGAGCUAUUUCCUGAAAAAUAUGAGUGCACUUCUCGAUCAAGAGUCUUUCAAGCAGUUGAUUUAUGGGCGCAACAGCAAAUUGCAAGGCCUGGACCCCCUGCAAGGCCUGGACAUGGCAUUGGCCAACCGGAUGCGGUCACUCUACAUCACAUCAAGGGUGUGAUGAAAUAUUGAUGAACUAUAAACUGGAAACAUUAUGUACAGUCGCAGACACCCCCUGUGGACAUCCAUUCUCCCAGUGAUUCUCUUUCCCUCACUUUGUGAUGAUUAGUUCUUCAGUAAUUUGAGCAACUUCAGCAGCACAAAUUAUCCACAGUAAAGUGAACUUGAUAAUUUCACGGUGGUUAUACAAAACCAAAUCAGGAAAUAUGUUGGCAUCUGCAUUUUAUAAUUCUACAUCAUCAUUUCUCACCCCCUGGUAUGUCUCUCAGCUAUUUCACCUCUCUUCUAUUUUUACUUAGUUCUGUUGAAGGGUCAUUCGGACUCGAAACGUUAACUGUGUUCCUCUCCGCAGAUGCUGCCAGACCUGCUGAGUUUUUCCAGGUAUUUUUGUUUUUGUUAUGUCUCUCAGCUAUAUUGGAGUAUUGGUCAGGGGUUAUCUGAGCUACAUUUCUCUUGUCUAAAGUGACAUGGGACAGAUCAGGUUAGUAAUACCAAUGCCUUUGCAAAUGAAAGAUAACUUUCAACAGAUAUUCCUGGCCUUUUCUCAAGCUCAAAAGAGCACAAUGUAUGAGGGUCUGUGAAAGAGAAAAACUUCAAACUCUACUUGGAAAUUACAAAAUCAAUCUAACUUCAAUUAGUACACCCUUGUGCACAGGAGGACUAGCACUAUAUUUAUGGGGGUCAUAACUGAAAGAUUGUAGUCAAUGGCAUUAUUAUUAGUUUGGUAAAUUAUGCUUUAAUAAAUGUUUGGAGUAUGUAUGUGCUGGUUAUAGACUAGUCACGCAGAGGUCAUAAUGCUUAAUUACAAAGAUACAGUCCUGGCUGAUGUGGCUGAAAACUUGACUGUAAAGGUUGAAAUUCCUUUGUGCAGUAAUUUUUGAUGCAUGGUUAGUGACAUCAAUUUCCAGUUGGCUGUUUUAACAAGGUCAACAACGAGAAUAGACAGGUUAAUGUCUUGGCUAUAACAAGGAGAAUUUUCUGCAAAUGUAUUCAUUAGUUUAUUAAAAGUAGCACAGUGGAA